AUACGAGUGCCACCGCAGCCACAUAGGAGUUCCUCGGCUGCAAUUGAGUUGUCGGUGAACUAAUACUCAGAACCAGCCGGAAAAUCGCCGAGAAACGCCAGGGAAAACAGCAAACAAACACGCACGCACACACACACGGGGCACACACGCACCGCACGCACACACACACCGAAGGAGGUGCACACGUCAGUGCCACGAAUUCCAUAAAAAAUAAAACAAGAAACCUAAAGUUUGGGUUAAAGUCAACCCGACACGAUCUUGGGCGGAAGAUACAUGCCAACUACAUGGUGCACCAUCUCUCGUUGCAGUCAAUGUCGAUAGCUAGCGCUGCGCAGCCACCGUGGAUAUAUAAUCGGUCCCCCAGAUAGCCAGUCCGCGUAUAUAUUCCCGAUUCCCCGACUUGUUUUUUGUUUUCCCCUAUUUUUUGUUUUGUUUUUCGGUUUGUUUUCUUUACGAUCCCCGGUAACUAGGAUAGUUAGUGUUAUUUUGUAAUUGAAACGACCAUGGCGGAGGAUUCGGCUGCCCUGGAGAGCUCCUACGACUUCUCCAUCGUUCAGCCCGAGGAUCACGAAUAUGGCGAGGUGGAUGCACGCUUGACGGGCAGCUCCAACGAUCUGUCCUUGUCACAGAAUGUAUCCGCCAGCACAACGAGAGGCACCGAGGGCAAGGGCCGUUUGGACAGCCUUAAAGAGAAUCUGUACAAGCAGCAGGAACGCCUAACUGCCUUAAAAGAGCGCGCCUUGAGGAAGUCGCAGGAUGGGCGACGCAAGUCCAGCAUGAGUGACUCCAUGGAGUCGCUGAAGACGCUGGGACAGAAGCUCACCGUGCUGAAGACGCGCUCCGGCGACACCUCCACGCCCCUUGUCUCGCCCACGAAGGACAGCGCCCCUGGGGAUGUGUCCCUACUGCAGACCAGCGGCAGCGAGAAGCUACUGAUGCUCACCCAGCGCACGGAACAGAAUCGCGCCCUGUUGGAGCAGCGUAAGAGGGAUCUGGCGAAGUCCUUGCUCUCCGUAAAGUCGAAUAUUGGCAUUGGCCACCAAACCACCGCCGAGCUGGGCUCUUCCAUGACGGAUCUGCGGCAGGCGGCGUCUACCUCCAAUCCGCCAGUUUCCCGCCACCGUUCGGCCUUGGACUUGGAGGCCCAGGGUCAGGAGCCGCUGGACGAGAGCCGGGUGAAGCUGCUCAGGAAUCGCAUGAAAAUCACGGAGCUGAAGCAGGGCCGUCAGGAGCAGGAGCUGCAGGAAUUGCGCACGGAACUGGCCAAGCGCGCCAAUCUCAUCGAGCAACUGGAGCUCUCCGGUGCGGAGCUGCAGCGCACGCUGACCCAGCGAAAUGAGGAGUUGGAGCAGCUGCGACUGGGCCAAGCGAGAGAGGAAGUGGAAAAGAAGGCGGCGACGGAGGGGGAGAACCUGCAGGAGCAGGAGCAUACCCGCCUCCAGGGAGAGGUUUUAGUACUAAGAGAACGACUGGCAGAGCUCGAAAACGUCAACGAUCUGCUAGAGACGACCCGCUGUGAACUGCAGGAAGAACUUACGACGGCGCGCGAACGGGAGAGGCAGCGGGAUCAGGAGCUGGAGCAAGAACACGAGAAGUCUUCCAGCAGUCCACAAUCGGAUACAGCGUCCACGGACGCACAGGUGAGCGUGGAGCUGGCCAAACAGCUCCAGGAGCUCACCAAUCAGCUGACGGACCUGCAGGCCACCAACGAGGAGCUGCGUCAGCAGUUAGCCGCCCAAACGAAGCUCCAGGUGAGCGAUGAGCUUGUUUCCCAGCGCCUCGAGGAACUGGAAGCCACCAUAGCAGCACAGUCCACACAGCUGGAGGAGCAGAAGUCGGCUAUGGCUGCCCAAAGUGAAGAGAUCGCGGAGAAGACUACGGAACUUAAUGUGCUUAAUGUGAAUCUGCGCCUGCUGGAGGAGAAACUGGCCCAGAGCAGCCGCAGUAAACCUCUGUUCCUGGACGACCGUGUGGAAGACAGUGCGGCCAGCAAGGAGCUGCAGGAGGAGUUGCAGCAGCUCAAGCAGAAGCUGGACGAAUCCAACAAGGCCAACAUCAAGCUGAAGCUCAAGUGCAAGCAGGCGGAGAAGCAGCUGCAGAAGCUCCGGUCCCAGGAUGGCCAACAGCAAUUGGCUUCGCUGACAGCGGAGAACGAGGAGUUGCAGCAGAGGAUCACGGUCCUAGAGGACGAGAAGGGCCAAUGGCAGUUGGCCAACAUGCAGGAGGAGGAGGAGGAAAAGAAGAAGGAGGCGAAGGCGGAGGUGGAGGUUCACCAGCCACCCCAAUCGCCGGAGUCCAAUCCUAAGCAGUUGGAGGCCAUUCGCCUGCUGGAGGAGCAGAAACUGGAGCUGCAGCAGGCCCUGGAGGCACUGCAGCAGGGUCACGAGUCUGCCCGCGUCGAGUCCGAGCUGAGCGAGGCCCAAAUGGAGGAGCAGCUCACGCAACGCGUUCAGCAACUCGAGCAGGAGGCCCACGAGCAGCGCCAACAGCUGGACACCCUGCAGACGGAGAAGGAGACGCUGGACAAGAAGCUGACGCACUACAUCAACGAGAACAUGGAGCUGCUGGACAAACUGGAGAAGCUCAGCUCGUCCAGCUCAGCGGAAUCCAUUGAAAUAGUGGAGCGCCAGCAGCUGGAGUGCUUUGGCCAAAGGCGUCCGGCCAGCGAGGGUGAUGCCCAGGAGCAGAAGCAGGUGGAUCCACCAGGGCCCAGUCUCGUUAGCGAGCUCACCCAAACGGAGGAGGAGGAUGCCUCCAGUGAGACUCUUGCCCAGCUGAGAGAACGCCUGGAACUCUUCACCCAGGAACGCGGAGAGGUCUUGGACAAGCUGGAGCAACUGUCGGCGGAGAAUGUGCAGCUCCAAGCCAGAUUGGAGGAGAGUUCCAGCUCUCUGCAGUUGCUGCAACGGGAACGCGAGAAAGAUCUGCUCUCCUCCACGUCCACCUCUUCCAAUCUCUCCCAAGAACUCAGUUCUAUGCAGCGAUCCUCGGAGGUGGUGGCCACCUUGGAUGCGGGCGAGGGAGGACCCGAGCUCUUCGAGAAAUGCGAGAAAUCUCUGAGCAAGCUCAACUCCGAAUUGGAGGCCUAUCGCAAGGCCAACGACAGGCAGGCCAAGUUCAAUGUGUCCAAAAAACUGGCCAAGGAGGCAAAGAACUGUCACACCCAGUUGAGCGAGCUGCUCCACAAGGUGAAAGAGGCCAGCACGGCGGUGGAGACUGUGACGGUCGUUGAGACUGUGGUGGCCGUCACCGCUCCCAAUGGCAAAGCUCUGGCGGAGUACGAGCAGCUGAACGCCCAGAAUGCCGAGCUCAAGGCGGUGAUCUCUCGCUUGCGCCAGGAAUUGGAUGAGCUGCGGGAUAGCUAUCCCGAAGCAGAGCCGCGAUUGGCCAUAGUUGGUGACGACUCGCAGAGAGAAGAGGAGUUCCUGCAACUGCAAUCGCUGCUGGAGGACGCACGCUCCGCCCAGGCGGAGCAACGUCAGCAGAUCGAGGAGCAACUGGAGCAAAUCAGGGAACUGCGUCAAAUCGAGGCCGAUCAGUUGCAAUUGGUUGCCAGGCAGAGUGCCGAGAUCACGCAGCUCCAACUGCAGGCGGAGCAGUUCGAUCAGCUGCUGAACGCCAAGGAAAUGAGCCAUGAGAAGCAGCUGGAGCAGCAGACGAGGAUUCGGCGCGAGUUGGAAGCACGUGGCGAAUCCCUGGAGGGCGAACUGAGCAUCCUACAGGCUCUCGUUGCCGAGCAGAAGCAGCAACUCAUCGAGAACCUGAGCGAAAACGAGCAUAAUCUUAACCUCAAGAUGCUGGAACUGCAGUCCGCGCAAGAGGAGCUGCAGGAACUGCGGGCCAAGGAGGAUCCGGAUCAGCUGCGCGAGGCUCUGCGCAUCAGCAAGAGCCUGGCAGCCCAGCAGGUCAGCGAACUGGCCUCCAGCCAGGAGACCAUCGAUGCCCUGAACCAGCAAAUCCAGGAGUUGUACCAGGGCGUGGAGCAGGCCCGCCAGGAGGAGCAGCUCAAGAGCCGCGAACUGCGCGAGAAGCUCAAGAAAUACGCCCUUAACCUCAAGAAGCGAACGCAGGACAAUGCCGAGCUCGAGCAGAAGGUCCAAGAGCUGACCACCCAGCUGCAGGAGCUGCAGGAGGAGGUCAAGCAAAAGGAGCAGCUGGAACCGGCGAAGUCUGAGCCCAUUGUGGAUACCCAGCAAGUGGAGCAGCUGCAGCAACAGAUCAGCAAGCUCAACGAGGAUCUGAAGGCCAAGAUCCAUGUCAAUCUGGAGAACCGCGAUGCCCUGCGCCAGCUGAAGCAGCAAAUCCAGGAGCAGGAGGAGCUGAUCCAGCAGCGCGAUGCUGAGCUCCAAGAUGCCAAUCUGGUGAACAAGGAAUUGCGACGCGAGCGCCAAGAGGCCGAGCAAGAAGUCUUCCAGCAGGGCCAGGAGAACUCCAGGCUGAAGCAAGAACUCUCCCAGCGGCAGCAGGAGAUCCACAGUCUCGAACAGAAGCUGAGGGAGCAGCCAACCGCCAUCGAAGAUUUGCGGCUUCAAUUGGAGGCGAAGUCCAAGAAGUUCGAAAAGUCCAAGGAGCUGAUAAAGCAUCGCAAUGCCACCAUUCAAGCGCUGCAGCGAGAACUUCAGCAGCUGCAGCAGGAUCAGGACAGCCCGGUGGAGCAUGUGCGAGCCAAGCGGGCCACGCAGGAGCAACUGCAGCUGGAGAAGGACGAGGAGAUUGCUGCCCUUCGCCAGCAGAUUGCCCAGCUGGAGAGCCAAAGGAUCAGUGCUGCCGAGGGCGAAGGCGAUGGCGCCAUUACCAAGAUCACACAGCAGCAAUUGGAAUCCCAAUCGCUGCAGCAAGCGGAAUCCCUUCGAGAGGCCGAGCGGGAGCAACACCACCUGCGUGUCCAGCUGACGGCGGCCCAGCAGCAGCACUCUCUGCUGGCGCAGCAGUAUGCCAAGGACAAGGCCAACUUUGAGCUGACCAUCGAGCGGCUGGAGACGAUCCACGAGGGCAUCAAGGCCAAGCUGCAGGAGGAUGCCUCGUACAUUGAGUCGCUGGAGUCGCAGGUGUCGGAGCUGCAGGCCAGGUGCGCUGCUCUCGAGGAGCAGGCCGCCAGCCAGGCCAAUCAACAGGCGCAAGCCGAGGAUCACACGCAAGAGCUGGAGCAACAGUUGCAGGCGCAGCGCGAGCAGGAGCAGCAGCAGCGUCAGCAUGAUCAGCAGCUGCAGGAGCGACUACAUGAGCUGGGCCAGCGGGAGCAGGCUCAGCAGCGCCAGCUCCAGUUGGCUGCCAGCGAGGCGGAGGAAUCCAGGCAACAGCUGGCCCAGCUGCGAGCGGACUACGAAUCCCUGCAGGCCAAAUAUGCUCAGCUGACGGCCAACGCGCAGGCAGAGCGGGAACAGCUGAGCAGCCAGAGUCAGGAGGAGCUGGCCGAUCUGCGCCAGCAAUUGGCCGCCAAGGAGGCGGAUCUGCAGCGCCAGCGGCAGGUCUAUGAUGCCAAGCUGGCCGCCAAGGCCACGGAACUCGAUGAACUGGAGUGCGACCUCAAUGGCCAUGUGGAACGAGCCGCUACCGAGACACGAGAUCUGCUCCAGCAAGUGGAGCGCUCUCAGGAGCUGGUGAAGCAGCGCACGGAGGAGCUGCAGCGACUCAACGAAGAGUUCCAGCAGGUGGAGCUGGAGCGGUCCAACUUGAGCCGCGAGGUGACCCUGCUGCGUCUGCAGCAGGACUGCGCCGAGCAGGACGUGCUGGAGCUCCAGGAGCUGCGCAUGCAGGUCAUGCAGGACAAGACCGAAAUGGACAACCUGCGCACCCAGAUCGACGCCCUCUGUGCCAACCACAGCCAGGAGCUGCAGGCCCUGCAGCAGCAGAUCGCCGAGCUGGACACGCUGGGCCAGAAUCAAACGGACGACCAGGUGUACAUCGAAACGGAGAACAAGCGGUUGGCCGAGCAGCUGAGCGAAUUGCAGGCCCAGCUGGCCAGACAACAGCAGAACCAGCAGCAGCAGAUCCAUCAUCCUGUGGCCCCAUCUCAGCAGCAUCCGCCUCCAGCUUCCCUUUUCUUUGGCGGCGAUGCCUUGGCCGCUCCCUCGCCCUUCGAUGAAAUAGCCCAGCCCAUAAGGGUUUCCUCGCUGGCAGCCAGUGCUCCGCCGCACAUUCCUCCGCCACCCACCAUCGAGGAUCUGCAGCGGAAUGUCUCGGAUCUGGAGAAGCAUGCCCAGGAUCUGGAAACGAAGCUGCUGGCGCGCAACCAGAGCUUGGCGGAACAGGAAGAGCGACGCCUGCAAUUGGAGCAGCGCCUCAGGGAGCUGGAGAACUUGCUUAGGGAACGCGAUCAGCAGCUGGCCGAGAUCAAGACGGCCAACGAGGAACGUGAGCGCUUGGCGGCGCUGGAGAAGCUCAUCCAGCCGGCGGCAGCGCCCACGCUGGACAUGUUCUUUGGCGGGGAAACAGUGCCCGACGCAGUGAGUCACCACUUGGACCUGGGCCUGCCGCAAACGGAGCCAGUGGAGGAGCCUCUCAUUCAGCCCAAAAAGGCGUAUCUCUGCCAGCCAAAGCAGGAACAUCAGGAGCCGACUACUCAAUCCAUCGAUUGGGGUGUGGACGAGGAUCCCUGGGCGAGUGCCGCCACCGAGGCGCCGCAAACGGAUGUGGAACCCCUGCACGCGCGAAUCGCCCAAUUGGAGCUGCAGCUGGCCAGUGCCGAGCAGCAGAAAACCGAAUUGCAGGCCAAGGCGGCCAAGCUAAUGAGGCGCCUGAAGGAAUACAAAACGAAGGCAACGACCACGGCGACAGCCACGCCCACAGUCACAGUGGACAAUGACCUGGACUCUGCCAUUAUCGAUGAGCUUAAGCACCAGCUUCAGUUGCACGAAUCCCGUCAAGCCAAGGCAGAGGAGCUAUUGCAGCAGCACGCCCUGGAAAAGGAGAAGCUAACGAAGAGGAUUGAUGUCCUGACCGCAGGCAACGAUCGCAUGGCGGAGCUGAAGGAGCGCCAGGACAUGGACGUGCAGAUGUAUCAGGCGCGCAUCCGGGAGCUCCAGGAGAAGCUCAACCAUCUGGACCAGUGGGAUGUGCCCGCUGCUGCAGCUACUCCCAGUGCUCCUGCCGCCUCUUCAUCCUUAAGCGGCGAUGAAGCGGCAAGGAUUGAAAACCUGCAGGCGGAGAACCAGGAUCUGAAUGCCGAGUGCCAGGAGCUGCAAGAGAAGCUGAAAGAGGAGCGACGUUUGGGCCAAGUGGCCCAGGAAAUCGCCGCUCAGGUCCAGUCGCAAAAGGAGACCCUGCAGGAGCAACUCAGGGAAAGAUUGCAGGAGGUGGAGGAGCUGAGGCAGGCUCAGAGCAAUGUGGAGGAACUACAGGGUCUGAAGGCAGAGGUACAGUCCCUCCGACAGCUCCAGGCGGAGGUGACUCAGUUGAGAAGCCUCCAGCCCGAGGUCGAGUACCUAAGAAGCCUCCAAGCCGAACUGGAGCACCUGCGUGGCCUUCAAUCCGAACUGGAGCAACUGCGCAGCUUCAAAGUGCAGCAGGAGCAACUGGGCAGUCAGAAAAUCCAAGAGGAUCAUCUGGAGUUCCAAAAAUUGGAACAGGAACACCUGAGGAACCUCCAGAGCGAGGUGGAGCAGCUGAGGAACCUGCAAACGGAGGUGGAGCAGCUGAGGAACCUUCAGCCGGAAGUGGAGCACCUAAGAGCACUCAAACAGCAGCAGGACCAUCAUCUCCAGGAGCUUCAGCAACUGCGCCACCAUCUAGCCGAAGUGGAGGCUCAGCGCACACGCGACCAAGCCGAAUUGGAGGCACUGCGUCAGAGUGGCCAAAGGCAAGAGGCCCAGCUUGACGUCGACGCCAGGAGCGAUGAGCAGGUGGCGCAACUGCAGGAAAAGGAAGCCGAGAUUGUGCACUUGAAACAACGCAUCGAGGAGCUGAUGCGCGAGGACCAAACAGAGAAGCUGGUCUUCGAGAUCCUGACCAAAAACCAGGAGCUGCAACUGCUGCGCAUGCAGGUCAAGCAACUGGAGGAGGACAGAGAGGAUAACCAGGUGUCCGCGGCGCCUCCGCCAGCGGGCGAUGGGGAAGCAGUGGAACAGCUGCGCGUCCAGUGCCAACAGCUUCAGCAGGAGAAGGCCGACAUGGAGGAGGAGCUGCGCGUGCUGAACAACCAUGUUCUCAGCAGCCUGGAGCUGGAGGACAGGAUGAAGCAGACGCUGCUCCAGCUGGACACCAAAAACAUCGAGAUCACCGAACUGCGACGCUCCCUGGAGGUACUGCAAACGCAAAAUCCUGUCCAGAAUCCCGAGCCACAGCAAAUUCCCGAUCUGGCGGCCAUCAAUCAGCAGUGGGAGCAGCUGGUGAAGCAGAAGUGCGGCGAGGUGGAGAGCGUUUGGCAGGAGCACCUGGGUCGGCGCGAGGCUGCCUUCAAGGCGCAGCUGGAGCAGAUUACCCAACAGCUGCAGCAGGCGGAGCAGAAGGAACAGCCCCAGGUUCAGGGUCAGCAAUCCACGCAGGAGGAAGCCUCCGGCGACAUGAUGCUGAAGAUGCAAAAGGCUCUGGAAACGCAGGAAAUGGAGAUAGUGACGCUCAAGGAGCAGCUGGCCAUUCGAUCGGCGGAGUAUGCUCUCCUGGCCGCCCAGUACGAUCCCUUCCGGCUGCAGAAUCGCGGCGGAUCUGCUGGCAAUCCGGCUGCCAUCUCAGCGGGCGGACCACCACCCUUGAAUGCCAACGAACCACUGCCCGAGUAUGUGCUCAAAGCGGAUCUGGACUACGCCCUGAUGAUGCUCCACCAGCGGGACAUGCGCGUCGAGGAGAUGAUCGUGGAGCUGGUGCAGCUGCUCGAGGAGCGCGACCACCUGCAGCUGAAGCUAUCGGACACCCUGCGCCAGCUGGAAACGGAGCGCAGUCGCGUCAGCGAUGAACCACCCGGUGCCACGGCCUCCUCCUCGGCCGCCUCGGGCAGCAGUCCCAGCAAAGCCAGCAGCAGCAGCGAGCUCCUGGGCUCCACGACCAGUGCAGCGGGCAGUGACCUCAAGCAGAAGCUUGCAGAGCUGCAGACGGUGAAGCAUUCCAAGGACAAGGUCAUCGUGGACGAGCGUGAGCAGCGCCUCCAGCAGAUGCUGCAGCUGCAGAAGGACAUGGCCAAGCAGGGAGCCGGAUCUGCAGGGGCAACAGCCACUACAACUACACCGGCACCAGCACCAGCACCGGCACCCAUCGGCGUGGAUCUCUCUCAGUCCGGCUUUCGCUCGCCCUCGAUGAUGCUCAUGGACUGGAUCAUGGGCAGCAGCAACAAGGAGGAGGAGGCGGCGGCGGCGGCGGCGGCGUCGUCAUCAUCGGCUCACCAGGCCUCCGGCUAGCCCCUUCCGCAAUCCCGGCGAGAACCCAAUGCCCGGAAGCCCCCUGCGCCUAGCACUUUAACUACGAAUCACUACUGUAACUUAAGCUCUGGCCCUCCUGGCGCGGACAAGGGCGUUGCGGCGAUGGCGUUAGAGCUCUUUAUACGAUAUUAUGUACCUUGGCUAGCUGCGAAACAGCCCUCCUGCCCCCCAAGCCGUUUUAUGUUGUAGAUAUGUAAAAAUUGUAUAAAACAAAACGAAAUGAAACGAAGCAGAAGAUGGAGAAGAGAGAAACCAGAAAAUCUAACUAAAGAGAAUUUAGCAAUUAAACCAAAAUCCAGAUAUAAAACAAA